AUGGAUCUUCGAAAGGAGGAUGGUCUCCUCUGGCGUCUACACAACAGCUUCUAUUUUGUACUUUGUCUACGAGCAUUUUCUGUGAUUCUGACGCUAAUCACCCUAAUCAUCUGCGUCUCCAGUCAGCAUUGGAUGAAUAAGAUGGCGUCCGUUGCCGGCCUUUUCUUCACUAUUAUUGCCUUUAUCAUGUACAGCUGCUCGAUCGGGGCGGUAUAUAUGUGCAAACUGAGGACGAGCGCCCUCGCGAAGCGAGCCCUGUUCGUGUUCGUGGGGGCGCUGUGCUCGUUGGCGUCGGCGGUGCUCUACAUUUUGGCGAUACACACCUGUGAUCAGUGGUCUUUCCAUUUUGGGUGUUCCUCUUCUUACCUUUCAACGGGAAUGCAAGUCGCUGCGGCAUUCGCCUUCCUUUGCCUCUUCUGCUCGUGCCUUGAUUUUGGUCUGCAACUGCUGUUCAACCACGGUAGUCAGCCGGAAAGCUGUUUACCGCCUGCCCAAAGUUAUUCGCCGGCCUCUGGAUAUCCAGCCCAACCUCGGCAGCCAGUCAGUUUUGUGACACCGCCCGAG